AUGAUCCCACAAAAGCAGAUUCCCACUAAGGCAUUCGUGGUAAAAUCGCCAAAGUCUCCAUUUGUUUUGCAAGAUGUGGUUCUGGACGAAGUCCGGGAUAACGAAGUUUUGGUCGAGAUGAAGUAUACUGGACUAUGCCACACGGAUAUUGUCGUUCAAAAUGGAGCGAUUCCCGUGGGUGACUACCCCGCUGUGCUUGGCCAUGAGGGUGCAGGCAUCGUGCGCCGAAUCGGUAGCGGAGUCCAAGAUAAGAGUCUAAGCGAGGGCGACCGAGUAUUCCUCAGUUUCACUACCUGUCGCAAUUGCACACCAUGCCGGGAAGGACGGCAUGGAUUCUGCAGUCGUUUUACUGAAAUCAACUUUGGCGGCGUCCGUGGUAUAUCAGCGGCCGAUUCGCCCAUUUCCUCCACCGACGGAAAAGCUAUUCGUGGACAAUUCUUCGGACAAUCCUCAAUGAGCAAGCUUGCAAUUGUUCCGGAAACCUCAAUUGUAAAGAGUCCCGUGGCUUCUGGGGUCACAGAUGCAGACAUGGCCCCGCUGGCCCCGCUAGGGUGUGGUUAUCUUACGGGUGCAGGCACAGUGUUGAAUGUUUUGAAGCCCAAGCCCGCUUCUCGAUUCGCUGUACUGGGUAUGGGAGCUGUUGGCCUGGCGGCUUUGAUGGCUGCGCGGGCUCAGGGUGUCGAGACCAUCAUUGCGGUGGAUAUCGUCGACGCGAAGCUGGAGCUAGCUGCUUCUUUGGGGGCAUCACACACUCUGAAUACAAAGAAGGUAUCAGAUCUUGCCCAGGGUCUGCAUGGUUUGUUCCCCGAUGGGGUAGAUCACAUACUCGAUACCACGGGAGUAGUGCCUCUGCUCCAAUCUUCGAUCAAGGCGUUGGGCCACGAGGGUACGUUGGCUAUCGUGGGCGUUGCUCCAUCUGGGGCAUCGCUGAAUAUUGAUCCUCUUGAGUUCAUGAUUAAUUGCAAACGUGUUGUCGGUGCCAUUGAAGGUUCUUCUAAUCCUGCCACUCUACUUCCUCAGUUAAUUGCCUGGUAUAAAGAGGGCAAGUUCCCAGUUGACAGAUUGGCCAAGGUUUAUGAUGCAGAAAACCUGGAGCAAGCACUGGAAGAUCUACAUUCAGGAAAGGUCAUCAAGCCAGUACUGAAGUGGGCAGACCUUUGA